AUGAGACCGUCAGCUAUUCGUUUGCUCAAUAUCCUGGUCCCAGUGAAGCGGUCUGUGGACUAUGCUGUCAAGAUCCGCGUCAAUCCUCAGCAAACUGGAAUUGACACCAAUGUCAAACAUUCGAUGAAUCCUUUUGACGAAAUCGCCGUUGAGGAAGCUGCGAUCCUUCGUCAAAAGCACAAGGACGCCGUGAAAACCAUAAAAGCUAUCACAAUCGGACCUUCAAAAUCUGUGGAUACUCUACGUACAGCGCUCGCAAUGGGUGCUGAUUCCGCCAUUCACGUCGAAAUCCCUGAAUCACAACCGUCACCAGAGCCCCUUGCCGUGGCCAAGACUCUCCGUGCAGUCAUUGAACGCCAAAACUCAGCCGCCGCUAGCGAUGCAGAUAAGAUUGACCUAGUGAUCCUCGGGAAGCAGGCUAUUGAUGACGAUCUUGGUGUGACGGGUCAGAUGCUGGCGGGCUUGUUGGGAUGGAGUCAGGCAACGUUUGCGAGCAAGGUUGAUGUGGAUAUAGCGAAGAAUGAAGUGCUUGUGGUUCGGGAGAUCGAUGGCGGUGGGGAGGAGAUUAGAUGCAAGCUUCCCAUGGUUAUUACAACCGAUCUUCGUCUCAACGUUCCCCGCUAUGCGACGCUACCGAACAUUAUGAAGGCCAAGAAGAAGCCAGUCGAAAAACUUUCCCCUUCGGAUCUUGGUGUUGACUACACGCCUCAGCUCGAGACGCUCAAAGUCACCGAGCCUCCCACGCGCGUGGGCGGAGGGAAAGUCUCCAAUGUUGACGAGCUAUUGGCGAAGCUCAAAGAGGCUGGCAUCCAAGCUGCAUGA